UUCCUAUACUUAUGGGGACAUCGAUCUGUUCACACAGUCACGCCGUGGGGACCUCUGACAGUAUGGGGACCAAAAUCGAGGUCCCCAUGAGGGAAAGUGCUUUAAAUGAAUGCAGGAGUCAAUCUGAAGGUGCCUGUGUGAUUUUUAGCUUUGGCCCAUAAUUCACAAAUUUCUGUUUUUAUUUUCGGGACACACACACACACAGAUUUCUCACUAUCGCCCCCUAGAAUCCCAAGUUGGUAUUGCAACUAAUAGUUCACACACACCACUACCAAAUAUGGUAGGUACCGCCCCUUCCUGGUCCCCAUAAUGUAUGAAUUCACAAACUAAGAACUUUUUUCAGUGUUAAUCAACAAUUAGGCUAUUGGAAACGUUUAUUUGCAAUAGAUGCCAACUACAUUGCUAAGAAGUUGUGCAGAGAAGACGCAAGUUAUAUAUCGCCAUAGGCAGAUUACUUUAGCAUGUUCUAAUUGUGUGCUUGUGUGCACAAAGUAAGUUAGAUAUCAACGAGUUCUCAAUUUAACACAAAACAAGUUCACGUGUACAUUGCAUGUUUUAAAGCGUAUUAAGAAAAAGUAAUGCCUAAUUAGCCUGCGCCAGUGGUUAGGAGUAACCCACAACCACAUUAACUGGUGCUGUAAAUUGAUAAGCCAGUGCAACGGGACAAUGCAAAGUUGUCAGAAACCGAUUUUAUGCAGUGUAUUAUGGCAGAUGCUAGAUUAAAAUAUCAGAUUUUCAAGUACUAGGUGCUGUGUGGUUUCUUUAAUUUAGAUGUAGGCUACUGUGCCGACAUUGUCGUUUAAAAUAUGUUUGCCUACCCUGGCGAUCGUGUCAAACUCUGCCUAUGAAUAUCGCACGCAUGUUUACAAUACAAACAAUGGUUAUGACACAAAAUACUGUAAAAUAAAUAGUCUUCUACAUAUAUCAGGGAUAUUUGUAUUUGCGACAGCAGAAUGGUGCUUUAACCAUGGCUCUUGAUUGCUGGCAACCUGCGCGCUCUCUGACGUGACUGCCUCUUCGGUGGCCGUCCGGGGAGAACGCAUGCAUGUUCGGUUCAAUGUUUACAGCAUUGGCAAUUUUAUUCAAUACAAAAUACAACUUAUAGGAAUUGUAAUUGCUUUAUAAUUAAUUGAGUGUUCGAUUGAAAUAAUAUAUUGCUUGAUAUAGUAAAAUCAAUAAAACAUGACUUCUUAAUAGUGAAUUAGAAUUUAUAGAUAUGGUAUUUUUCCAUAAUAAUAAUAAGAUUAAACAUAUAUUUCCGAUUGUCCAAACAAUACAUUCUUCCAAUGCUAGCAAGGGGCUUGUGACUUUGGCCGUUUGCUUUUAAUGUGAAAUCAGACAGGAAGUCAAAUGUACCUUCAGGUUCAUAUCAACCUCAAUCUAGAAGAAGAGCCUAUUAUCUCUGUGAAACCUUCGAAUUUGAUGCAUAUUAAAGAUUUACCCGGAGCAAGUGGCGUGUUCAUUUGAAAUGCCACCAAGAAUCAGUCCCCUCACAGAUGCCUGUCACCAUGUCGGUUUAAAGACUGACAAAACAUGGAAACUGGAGGUGAAGUACAUCAAUGCAAUAAAAGGGCGUGGGGUGUUCGCCAUAGGUUCAUUCUCCAAAGGAGAUUUUAUAGUGGAAUACAGGGGAGAUUUGAUAAGCGAAGGUGAAGCUCAAAAGAGAAGAAUUUAUAACCCUGCAUGUUCUGGAUUUUUGUACGCGUUCAAGUUGGGAGGCAAAACAUGGUGCAUUGACGCCUCGAAGGAAGAUGGUUCUUUCGGCCGCCUGGUGAACGAUGACCACAGACAUCCCAAUGCCAGGAUGAAGAGAAUAGACAUUGCAGGAAGCACACACCUCUGUCUUUUUGCUCUCAAAGACAUAAAAGAUGGUGAAGAAAUUGCACAUAAUUAUGGAGGAGAGGACUGCCCAUGGCGAAAGCAGAUGACUACAUGUGAACCUGAGACGUCCUGUGUGAGCUCCCAGUCUGUGCUCAUGUCAGAGCCACAGUGGGAUGAAGCUGCCUGGUUAGAGGACACUGGUCAACAGAUGACUACAUGUGAACCUGAGACGUCCUGUGUGAGCUCCCAGUCUGUGCUCAUGUCAGAGCCACAGUGGGAUGAAGCUGCCUGGUUAGAGGACACUGGUCAACAGAUGACUACAUGGGAACCUGACACGCACUGUGUGAGCUCCCAGCCUGUGCUCAUGUCAGAGCCAAAGUGGGAUGAAGCUGCCUGGUUAGAGGACACUGGUCACCAGAAGAGGAAACUGUUGGAGGCACGGAGGGGGAAUCAAAUCCCAGCAAAACAGAGACGCAAACUGCCACCAGCAGAAGAUGGAGCAUCUUCUACAGUCUGUGCUGUGAGCCAUGUUCUUCCAAAGGCUGCAGGAAUCGGUCUGUUUCUUUUCUUUGUAAACUGACUCGAUUGCAGCUUUUCUGCACCACCGCCUGGUCUCGUCUGCUUUCUAGGUGAGGCGUAGUUCCUCUUGCGUGUUUCAACUAACCUAUUUGUUUGUCCCUGUGAUGACGUUAAUUUUCAUGGCUACUUGGAUGCAUGUUAAUGCAGGAGUCAACCAACAGACUGAGAGUGGAACACUCCAAUCAAUCAUUUUUUUUAUAGCACCUUUCAUACAGUUAGUGCAGUUCAAAGUGCUUCACAGAUGGCUGAGAAAGCAGAUAAUAGGACAUAUAUUAAUUGAAGAUGAAAGAAAGAUUGCAGACAAAGGAAUUAUGACAAGAAAAUUAUAAUGUUAAAUAAGAAAAAGAAAGCUGCCAUAAUAUCGAAGACAUAAUGCUACUGUUGCUAAAAAACAAAAAUAAGGAAUUAAUAUUAUAGUCUCUAAAUGAAAGUGUGUGGCAUGUAAUACAAUAAAAAGUUUUUAGUUGACACUUUACAAUAAGGUGUACUAAUGAGCAGAUCACUGAGGAUUGUUGAUGCAGGACAUGAAACUUAUAGGAACUGUAUCUCCUUCCUGAUACUUUCAUGUAAACAUCUGUUUUUCUACUCAUUUACAGGAAAGGCUCCACUCAAAAGGGAACCAUGGCAGCCAGCAGAGAUAAAGGCCGUCGAGAGGCACAUAAAGGCUUUAAUACAUGCUUGCACUGUGCCAAAAAUGUCUAACUAAACUAAAUCUGUAGGUGGCGAAGAAGUUAAAGCUGCGUCACGCUUUGAACUAAACACUUUUUCCAUCUAGUGUCGACUGGGUUUUUGGAUUGUCGGUGCCAUUAAAGUAGCAUUAAUAAUCGUCGUAAUAAUCCUAACGAUUAUUAAUGCUACUUUAACGGCAUAGACAUUCCAAAAACCCAGUCGACACUAGAUGGAAAAAGUGUAUAGAACAAAACGUGAUGCAGCUUCCCUUUUUUUUCUUCGCAACCUACAGACUUUGUUAUGUACGAUUAUUCAAACACGCCAUGUUAUUUAAUAUAGACAUUUGACCGAGGGAAACGGAGCCUCAGAGGUCGAACUUAUUCUCUCGAGGUCUAUGUGACUUCCAUUUAUAUUGUGACUAUUCUGUAUCUUGAUGCCUCUUCCUGGCCCACAAGGAUACACCAGCAGGUUCUGACAUGUAUUAACCGCACUCUGAUGGCUCGAGUCUGUGCGUGAUGUGUGUCUAUGCUAAUGUAUGUAUGUGCUGGUAUACUUUUAAAAAUAAAGUAUCAAUGCAUCUAAUUCUCCAUCCGUCUCUGGUGCUAUUUACUGUGGACCCACACCUGUUUGGGAGAUCCCUCCCAUGUGUGAGGGUGGCAUCGAUGGUGUUGGUAAAAUAAAAACCCAUACACACACAUAGUGCACGGUAAUAUCAUGAAAUAAGUUGGUAUCACGCCACAUAUAGAUGGUGGAUGGCCAAGAGGAACAUUUGCAGAGGGCAUGGCC